UUCUUUAUUUGCUUUCAAGAUCUCCUCAUGUAAAGGUUGUAUAAAUACUGCACUCGUCGUAGUAUUGUAAUGGCUCCUAGUAAAAUUUGGCAUUUUUUUACACGUGAUACGAAUAACACUAUUGCAGUUUGUAAGCUGUGCGAGAGAGUUAUAAAACAUUCAAAGUCUACGACAUGUUUGUGGAAUCAUUAUAAAUCACAACAUGGAUCUAAAGACGGCGUUGGCGCAGUACGUUUAAAACAAAAAAGGUCUUGUACCAAUGAAAAUGGUAGUGACAUAGACCAAGAUGGUAAAUUGACUCCUAACAACUCCAUUCAUAAUUCUACCUCUCCACAUAGUUGCUGUGCUUCAACUUCUAGUUUAUGUUCUUCAUCUUCAAGUUUGAAACCUGAUCUUUCUGCUAACAAGAGAAUACGCCUCUGUGAUGUUGCAUUAGCCCCUGUAUCAAUGAGGCCUUUAUCCAACAGUCGCAAGGAACUUAUUACAGAAGCCAUAUGCAAUAUGUUAUGUGAAGAUUUAAUCCCAACCAGUAUAAUUGAAUGUAAUGGAUUCAAAAAUUUAAUUCAAGUUAUUGAACCUAGUUAUGUGAUUCCAUCUAGAAACGUACUCACUGCCCGUAUCCAAAAAAAGCUUAAAACAUCGUUUUUUUAUGAGUAAUCAUUUUUUGUGCAUAAGUGCAUUUGUUUAAUAAGAAUAUGUUAUUAUAUAUAUAUAUAUAUAUAUAUAUUUAAGUAAUGACCGUUUUGUGUGUAAUAAGCCAUAC